AGUUCAAAGUCAACCGAUCACUCGGUCAGUGCUGCGUUGCGAUCUGUGCGUCUGUUUUUAAUUUUUUUUUUAAUUGAGAUUUUGUUGUUUUUUUUUACUCUGUAACGAAGGAAGUGAUGCAAUUUAUUGAUCAUCGUGAAGAUCUUGCAUUUUGUCACCUCAAAAAAAAUCACGAGUGAUCAGUGAUCUUGUACGCAACUCUCACAGACUUUCUUCUUCUCCCGGAGAGGAUCUUCUGGUGCCAGGAAUUAAUUUCUGGGGAGUUUUUCUGUGCCAAAAAAGAUUUGAAAAUUUUUUCAAGAGAGUGAUUCACAACAAUGAAGCGUAUUCGGUUCGUUGCACGUUAUUUCAAUUUCUUGCACAUUUUCGUGAUUGUCAUAAAAUGCGGUGCUGGGAUGGAGGCAAAUGCAUCAUCAUCAACAGCUGCACCAACAACAAAGUCACCAUCAACUAUCUACUUUAGUGAUAAUCAACCAAAUCCUGUAGCUGCUUUCGUGAACAGUGCCGCAGUUUCUGGGAGGGCGCUCUUUUCACCGCGUGUUGAUUACAAUGAAUGGAUGCCCGUGGGACGUGGGGAUCCACUCAAGAAUGAUCCCACGUACGACUACAGCCCACCCUUUCUCGAACGUGUCCGCUACUGGGAAUCCGGUGGUGGGAAACAAGAGAAAAGUGGAGAGAUUCUCCUCCUGGGAGUGCCAUCGAAGAAGCCAAGUAUUCCACAGAGGAAGGAUUUUAAGUACCUCACAAUGCGGAGGAAUUUCUAUCAGUUGCCAACAAUUCUGAUGCCUCCCCCAAUGCAAACUACGGAAAAGUAUCGUGCUCCAAUGGAUACCUGGACACAGAGACCUGUGGAUGCUGUGGCGGAAGCUUCAAUGAGCAUAGCAACACCCAUGAAGACAACCUAUGUCAAACCCUUGAGUGCCAUGAGCUACGGAGAGAUGGUGAAGCCACCCAAAUCCUCAUAUCUCCACACAAUCCUACAGAAGGAGACACUCCAGAGGGAUGUUGUGCGACCCACGACACCUCCACUAACCACCACAACGUCCUCAGUGGUCAUGCAGAGAGUUCCUAGUGUUUUUGAGGUGCAUCAAUCGACGGCAAUUGUGACAAAGACAACACCUGGUGCCCAGCGAUUGGAGACAAGCACGCAUUUUACCCCAACUGCACCCCCAAUGCUCACAACUGAUGCUUACUUUUCGCACUACAAUCAACCACAGGCGCCUAUCCCUGGACCUAUGUACCUUAUAAUCGAAGGACAUUCAAAGGUAAAAACCUACAGUUCCAGUGAUCCUCCAGAUGGGAAGCAUCAUGCAAAUAUUGUGCCAGUAGUCAGUACGGAAGACCCCGUUGUGCGGCGUGUAGUGAACGAAGAGGCACCACUGGGGGUGAAGCAUUUGCACUUCCGGGUGCCCGAGGUGAGGCGGAAGCCUCAUCCGACAAAAACAUCAGCCAUGGAUAGUCUUCUGAGCUUCCUGGAUGUUUCAUUUGGGGGCUUUCUUGGUGAUGAUGCACAAACAGAUACACAAAAUUCCAUUGAAUCCAAUGGACUAGAAACUAGUGUUAAGGGGGACAAGAGGCAGGCGAGGAUCAUUGGCGCAUCCUCUUAAAUCCUCAAUUUAAGAUUUAAGGAAAGGGAUGGCUGGGAUUUUUUUCCCUCUGCAAAGGUAAGGUCGGAAUUUAUGGGGGAAACAUUUAGCUAAUUUUUCAAAAUUAAGUCAAUUUGCAAAUUAUUUUGAAGGAAUUUUGUAAUUAUCUUUUUUUUUUUAAUUUCCAAUAGCCUACAAAUAAGUAUUAAUUACUAUGCCCAAAUGCAAGAAAAUUAAUUUUGCAUAAGGCAAUAUGAGAAUCAUGCCCCAUAUUUGGAUUUAAAAAAAAUGGUGCAAUCAAGGGGUGUUUAUCUACCGAAUAUUAGGAUUUAUUUAACCGAAUCAUACAAAUCUUGAAGAAUAAUCUGAAUUUUUCUUAACGAAUAGUUUGAAUUUUAACGAAUAAUCCGAAUCUCUACGAAUAAUCCAAAUUUUGUCGAAUAAUCUUAAUUUUCUUGACGAAUAUUUUGAAUUUUGCGAAUAAUCUGAAUCUUCUUGACGUAUAAUCUGAAUCUUAACGAAUAGUCCGAAUCUUGGCGGAUAAACUGAAUUUUCUUGAUGAAUAGUUUGAAUUUCGAUAAUAAUUUGAAUCUCCUUGACGUAUAAUCUGAUUAACGAAUAAUCCGAAUCUUAACCAAUAAUCCAAAUCUCGACGAAUAAUCCGAAUCUUGGCGAAUAAUCCAAAGAUUUUCACUCAGAUAAAAACACCCCUUGGGUGCAAUAAAAAUUAUUAAAAUAUUUUUUCUUCACGAUGGCAAAUUUUAUUGCCUCGAAGCUGCAGAAAGAAAAACAAAACGGAAAAUUAAUUUGAGAAAUAUUUUUUUUAUUUCCUGAAAUUUUCUAUACAUAAUACACAAUAAUUCAUCUCAUUCAUCAUAACUUCUCAAAUAGAUCUCUUGUAGGUGAAAUUGUCUGAAUAAAAACAUUAAUUUGCGUA